AGAAGAGGAAGACUUUCUGGACAGAACACAGGGAGAAUUGGUUAUACAAAACCAACUGGAAGAAACUGCCAAGAAAAAUAAAGAGGCCUGGAAUAGUGAGGAAACACCAUGGAGAACAGUCACUGUCUGGAGCAGACUAUAUAGAAGGGAUUCAGAACCUCUCCAACUAAGUGGUCACUUCUACAUCUUCAGGAGGAUAUCAGCAAUGAAAAUGCACAAACAGGAAACCAUCAACAAGGGACACCACAUGUCAAGGAAGGAGUUAAAUUAGCCACCAGCCACAACAAGAAGAAAAGAAAGGUGCUGGUGGUUGGACACUUGUUGCUCAGGGGUGUACAGGCACCUGUUUGCCAUCCUGACAAGUUGUAUCAGGAAAAGUGCCAUUCCUGGCAUACACAUCUGGACCAAAUACAUCCUGCAGGCAGGGAGAGGAGGGUACCCUAUCCAUUCUGGGAUCUAAGGGUAGCUAGAAAGACAACCCAUCCUCUCUCUUUUUGCUCCUUGGGCUGCUGCUACAAGCUGUUCAGGCCAUUCCAGGAGUGGGUGGUUGGAAGAAAAAAUGACUGCAAGGAAGAAAAGUACUGAAGGAGAAAGGUAGAUAAACUCAGAGAGAAGCAACAGGUUUUGAGAUUCCUCACUCCUCGUUUUGGAAUUUUUGGUCAGGCAGCGCUAAAUAAGGAUCAGCAGGUUGGAGUUGUUUGUGGAUCCACCAAGCUUUCAGCUUUCUUCCAGAAGCAACUCAAUUUUGCAAAGAUUAUUGUAAUAUUGGAUAUGUUGACCAUGAUCAUAACCAUGGUUUAGAGAUGAGAAGAAUAUGACCCUGUCUAAGGAAGGCCAGCAUGGGUCCUACACAACUUGUGGCACAGAAUCAUGGGAAGAAGACAAGUGUAUUUGACAUGGAGGAGAAAGGUUUUGCACUUUUCCAUACCUCAGGAAUUUCUCCUGAGCAUAUAGAAAGACCAUCUCUAAAACGGAAAAAGGGCCCAGCUCCCAAGAUGCUUGGGAAUGAGGUGUGUAGUGUGUGUGGGGACAAGGCCUCAGGCUUCCACUACAACGUCUUGAGCUGUGAGGGCUGCAAGGGCUUUUUCCGACGCAGCGUCAUCAAGGGUGCGCAAUAUAUUUGCAAGAAUGGUGGCAGGUGUGAAAUGGACAUGUACAUGCGUCGAAAGUGUCAAGAGUGCCGCUUGCGCAAAUGCCAAGAGGCAGGCAUGCGAGAACAGUGUGUUCUCUCUGAGGAGCAAAUCCAGCUGAAGAAACUUAAGAAGCAGGAAGAUGGUCAGGCCAGGGUGGUGGUUGUGCGCCAGAACUCACCAUCCCCUCCGGUCCCCCCUCCUCAAAUGACAGCAGAGCAGCUUGACAUGAUAGAGAAGAUUGUGUCAGCCCAGCAGCAGUGCAACCAACGCUCUUUCUCAGACAGGCUCAAAGUGACGCCAUGGCCUCAAAUUUCAGACCCCCUUCAUCGUGAAGCACGACAACAACGCUUUGCUCAUUUCACGGAGCUUGCAAUCCUUUCUGUACAGGAGAUUGUGGACUUUGCUAAGCAGUUGCCAGGUUUCCUGGAGCUCACCAGGGAAGAUCAGAUUGCUCUUCUGAAGACAUCUACAAUAGAGGUGAUGCUGUUGGAAACAUCUCGGCGCUACAAUCCAGAAACAGAAAGUAUUACAUUUUUGAAAGAUUUGAGCUAUAAUCGAGAUGACUUUGCCAAAGCUGGCCUUCAGUUUGAAUUCAUUAACCCCAUUUUUGGCUUUUCAAAGGGAAUGAAUGAAUUGCAGCUUAAUGAUGCUGAAUAUGCACUUUUAAUUGCAAUCAGUAUUUUUUCCGCAGACCGGCCAAAUGUUCAAAACCAGCAUCUAGUGGAAAAUCUGCAACAUACAUAUGUAGAAGCCCUUCACUCUUACAUCUGUAUCCACAGACCAAACGAUCAUCUAAUGUUCCCACGGAUGUUAAUGAAACUGGUCAGUCUUCGGACUUUAAGUAGCGUUCAUUCUGAACAAGUGUUUGCUCUUCGGCUACAGGACAAGAAGCUGCCACCACUUCUUUCAGAGAUCUGGGAUGUUAAUGAAUGACCACAUUGUCUCAGGGCUGUGACCUUUUCUAGUUACCGUCAUUUACAUGUUGCUAACAAGAAGCUGUCACCUCAGAAGGCUGUGGUUUUCUGCUUUCUUUGCUCUAAAGAGACAACGUAGAAGCCAAAUGAAGUGGACCAGGUGAUGUCUUAGUCUUUGACUUAAUGUCUUCCAGCAAUGAGACAACAACUGAAAAACCUCAAGAAAAUAGAGUUGAAGAAUUCAUCCUACUUAUUUCACAAGUGGCUUUCUUCUUUCACAUAGUUCCUUAUGUUUAAUUUCAAGGACUCACCAUUCAGACAGAAGCGUCUCAGAACUUUGGAAGGCAAACCUCCUUCCUGAUCCAUGCUUGCAUAGCUCCACAGUUUAACACAUUGACCUUCAGAAUACUAAUUGACAUUUUAUGGUCUUUCAUUUCUUUUCUUUCUGUGAGCUGGAGCCAUAAGUGCCAUUUUGUUGACUUUAUUUGGAAUGGGGCCUGUGGAUGGGGAAAUAACUGUGCCCCAUAAAUAUUACAAUUUCUCCAAGUUUUGCUAUCCUUCACCCCAAACUAUAUCUCCAUGUGGUAUUUUGGUACAUUUUGAUGUAUUGUGGAACCAUAUCCAGUCACCAUUCCUUGACCUUCCAUUGGUUUUCUAGCUCCCUUCCUAAACUAUUUCCCCUUUGUUAGGUUCCAGACAUGUUUUCAAGCUAAAUAUGUAUCUGGACCUCCAUGUGGAAGGAAAUUUAACCGAACAAAGGUUUUGGGGAAGAGUUAACCAUCUUUCCCCCUCCAAAAUAAAAAGAAAUAUUUUCACUAUCAAAAAAACCCCAGUUGGGUAUUUGCUACACAGGCUCACAUGUUGAGUGUUGCCCUCAAAUAUCUUCUGACAACAAUAGAACUCAGUUUGCAUAUGUUACUUAAGAGCAUAAAGGGGCCAUCAUCUGUUCUGAUAUUCAUGUUUAUUAUCUCUCUGCCUCUACCUUAAAUGUGUCAAGUUGUCUACAGAUUAUCCUUUGGGGUUUUUUUACCCAUAAAGAAUGUAAUAUUUACAGAUUGAACCUGUUCAGAGCUCAGCAUAAUUUAGACACGCCUAUGUUGGUUUAGGAUUUUGUUGAGGAUUGUGAAAUCCCCUUCCCCCUUUUAAACUACAGACCAGAGAGCCACCAACUGAAGUCUGGUGCAAAAGACGUAACUCUUUGAAGUAAAUAAUUCUGAACCCCUAAAUUUGUUUACCUUAUGGGAACUGAUCCAGGCUUGCAGCCCCACUAGAUAAGAAUUAAUUCCUUGUUAUUCUUGGCUUUCUUCCUUUCAGUAGUAUAAUUUAGAACAGAGGGCAGUUUUGUUGGUGCUAUAAUUAAAAAACUGAAAGUUAUGAGUCCUUGCCAAUCUACUGCAAAUCAAUAGGAGAUCUGCCAGUAGAUCCAGAUCUGCUUUCUCUCUUGUCAUCUUGAAAACACACUUUCCUGUCUAAAUGCCAGGUUAUUUGAUGCCAGGAAUUAACUCUUAGGAUCCUUGGUACCUUAGGAAUAUGUGUUCGAUUCUUUCUCAGAAUUUAAGUUCUGGAAGCAUUCAGAGAGCCUGGCCUCAUGAAGCAAUAUGAUGUUGAUUCUGUAGCAAGUGCCAUACCUAUGGUGUUGGCCUUAUGUUUGUUUUGCACUUGAGGUUGCUAUCUUUUGCUGGCCUUUAUUCUGUAAAGCACUUGUAACAAUUUGUAAAAUCUUUUUUAUAACUCUUUGCAAUUGCAGAAUUUUAAUUCUGUAUUUUAACUAAUUGUUCACAAAGUGUUAAUGUUUGUGCAGAAGAAUAAAGCCUAAUACAGAAUGUU